AAUUAAAUAAAGAGUUUCCAGGGAUCGAGAUCGUCACCCAUAAAGUGUCCGCAUCGCAGGCGAGGAGGAGGCGGCCUCUGCCAAGCCCGCCGCCGCGCUCCCAUUUGCUUCUUCUCGGCGGCGCCGCCCGAAUCCCUUCCCUCCUCUCACGUCUACCUCCUCUCUCUCAUCGCGGGAGUCCUGCCAUGCGCAUCCGCAAAUGCGCCGCUCGGCUGCUUGGCACUGUCUGCGCCGCCUCCUUCUCCUCUCCCACUCCGCCGCCGCAGCACCCGCGGGCCGCCGAUGAUGCCUUCUCAUCCGACGGCUGCGGGAUUCUCUGCGAGCUGAAUCGCGCCCCCUGGGACGACCUGAUGUGCCUCGACCUCGUGGCGGCUUUCGACCAGGAUGAAGAGGAGGAAGACGGCGAGGGCAUUAUGGGGAAUGCAGUGAAAGCAGAAGCGGGAGAGGACACGGGUAUUCUUGGAAAUCACCUAAAAAAUGACGCCGAUUCCACUGCCACUGUCGAGCGCGAGGAAGCAAGGAAGGAGCCCAAGAAGAAGAAGAAGAAGAAGAAGGAGAAUGAGGAGAAGACCGGCGCGAGAUGCAAGAAGAGCGACGGAAGGGGGUGGCACUGCAAGCGGCUGGCGCAGCACCCGCAUUCCCUCUGCAGUUACCAUCUCGCGCAGCUCCGGUCAUACAAUGCCAGCAAGGUCGAGGUAAGCAAGGAAAACCGCGCGGGGAGGAAGAAGCAGGCCGACCUAUUAUCCGGUGGCACUGCCGAUGACUCGAACUUCUACUAUUACUACUCCGGCUUCGGCCCUUGGCGCGGGAAGACUAGAAGCAGCGGCAGUCGAAGUGACCAUAUCUGUGUUCGCGGCUUUGCCCUCGAAGAUGAAGACGACAAGGAGGAAGAUAGAGAGGAUAAUGGGAUCGUAUACGAGGUUGCAGCCGUGACGAUUGCUGGUGGGGAUGAAGAGGACAGCGACGUCGACAACAACGGAGGCAGCGGUGGUAAUCGGGAAGAUAACACGUCGAGGAACGCCAGUAAUCGUGGCAAUCAUAAGAGCUACAAGAAGAGAGGAAGGAAGAGAAUGAAAGCUAGAUCGCUCAAGUCUUUGCUUUGACUGAUAGACGAUCAUUUGUAAUUGGACAUGCACACUUGCAUGCGUAGAAUAUUUGUGCCUGCAUGUCAUGGGCCUGGCACAGACACGGCUGCAACAUUUAACCAGCAGAGCCCAUGGAUAGCUGAAUUUGGCCCGCAAAUAUAGACGUGGAUUCUUCAGA